AUGGCCUAUGAGUGGGCAGUGCUUCAUGGUCGUCCUUGGAAAGUCAAGAACGAAUUCUGCUGGUGCAUGCUUCCCCCCUUUCAAGUGCGGCGGCACGAAGGCAGUGAGGGGGUCAUCUUUCUGGCAGUGGCCUGGUCCAUGGGCCCUGUGAAGUACACCAAGCAUGAGGAAACUGUCAUGAAUGGCGUGGCAUCCACCAUCUACACACACCGAACCUUUCCUCCUGUUUGUGUGCGACCACUGGUGGACAUUGUUCUUCAGGGCGAGCUUUUGAAAGACGGCGCGGGCAUCCACUUCCAGAUCGCCAGGAUCACCGGCCAGCACCUGGGGGCCCUCAACUUCAAGGACACUGACAGAGUGACGCACCAUGAGUUGCUGGCAAAGAUCAAGUUGCAGCUCCUGCAUCGCCGGGUGAAGCUGCUGUGGCACGGGUCUCCAGUCAUGGCACCUGCCGGCCAUGUGGUGCUUUGGUCUCGGAGUGUUGUGGAGCGCCCCUUCCCAUUCCGUUCGUUUGUCUCGUUGGUGCGGUGCCGGCGCAAGACCCGGCCAGCAGACCAAAGAUUGAAGGUGUGGAAAGCGGCCCUUCGAAAGGGCCAGUGGCUGCACAUCGCCGGUGUGCUCUGA